CUCUAAUGACUUGAUGAAUUUCUGUUGAAUCUGUGAAAUCUUUGGCGGCUAGGGUUCGUCCGUUUCAUUAGUUUUUUCCGAAGCGUGUGAAUUUCGGAAUUUGAGUUUGCCGGAAAGUUUUUUUGUUGUGCCAAAAUUCAUGCAUAGUUUUUCUUUGCUGAUAAAACUACUCCCAUGAUUUCGUCGAGUUAUAUGUUUUAUUUUUAUUUUUCCGUUCAGUGUCUUCCUUCUUAUUUCUCACAGAGGUCUCUCUUCUUUAAUGCCAUGCGCUGUUGGAUUGCGGAAUUUUGGAUUGGAUUGUUAAAUUAAUUUUUGGCCUUGGUGUAAACACCGAUUUUUAUUUUUUUUAAAAAAACAAUUUGGGUUUUGAUCACUGGAAUUUUAUGUGGUUUUGAUGGAUUUGGUGGGCUUUUUUGGUGUCUAUGAUCCUCAUGAUCUUGAUCUUGCACUUGUGCAGGAGUUUUAGAAGUUCUUUUUGCACGGUUAUUUGCUUGGAGUUCUCCUAGAAAUUGGAGAAGAUGAGGCCGAUUCUGAUGAAAGGCCAUGAGAGGCCAUUAACAUUCCUCAAGUACAACACAGAGGGUGAUCUUCUGUUUUCCUGUGCUAAGGAUAACAAUCCCACUGUGUGGUUUGCCGACAAUGGGGAAAGGCUAGGCACUUAUCGUGGCCACAACGGUGCCGUCUGGUCCUGCGAUGUUUCAAGGGAUUCAUCUUUGCUAAUGACUGGAAGUGCGGAUCAGUCCGCAAAGCUAUGGUCUGUCCAAACAGGGAUGCCGUUGUUCACCUUUCGCUUUAAAGGCGCUGUUAAAUCUGUUGAUUUUUCAACUGGCGAUAAGCUUGCUGUAUUAACAAUUGAUCCAUUUAUGGAGUUGCCAUCUGCAAUUCAUGUCAAACGGAUUGCCCAAGAUCCUAGUGAUCAGGCCACUGAGUCUAUCCAAGUAAUAAAAGGCCCUCAGGGAAGAAUUAACAGGGCUGUUUGGGGUCCCUUGAACAGGACAAUAAUAAGUGCUGGUGAAGAUUCUAUUGUUCGUAUAUGGGAUUCAGAGACCGGGAAAUUACUAAAGGAGUCGGACAAAGAAACCGGCCACAAAAAAGGCAUUUCAUCACUUGAAAUAUCCAGUGAUGGUUCACAUUUCAUCACUGGUUCCCUGGAUAAAUCUGCUAAGUUAUGGGAUGCAAGGACAUUGACGCUUCUGAAGACGUAUACCUCCGCAUCUUUUGUAUAUGCAGUGACAAUGUCCCCGACCCAUGAUCAUAUUGUACUUGGAGGUGGUCCGGAUGCACGAUUAGUUACUACCACUGGGACUGGGGAUUUUGAGGCAAAAUUCUACGACAAGAUUCUUGAAGAAGAAAUCGGAGGCGUUAAGGGGCACUUUGGCCCAAUCAAUGCUUUGGCGUUCAAUCCAGAUGGAAAAAGUUUUGCAAGUGGAGGUGAAGAUGGAUAUGUGAGACUACAUCACCUGGAUCAAGAGUACUUCAAGUUGUGAUGGGUUCCAUUUUUCCCCAUCCAAUGUUGGUUACUUUUUGUAAAUUGAAAUUGUCAUAGGCGAAGAAUAUUUCCAGUUAUCACUGGCACCUUUUCCUUGUGAGCUUUAUCGUUAUCUGGUUACAACAUGUAGACUGAGAGGAGACGAACCUGACAUUACCUCCUUAUAUCGUAGGAUCCAUGUUGGAGUUUUUAUGGUCUGAAUAUUUGAAUAUAAUUUAGGACAGGAAUCACAAAACAAUGAUUAAUAAUCUUUUAAACUUUUUUUUUUUUUUUUGGCUUACUUGAAUUGAGAUAACGAUGCCAAGAAGGCGGAG